AUGUGGCGGGACCUGGCGAUUGUGGGGGUUGUUGUCCUCAUUUUUCUCCUUUGUCUUUCCCAGUUUGAAAUGAAAGAUGGCAAAUUAAUUAAUUGUCUUUUGGCGGAGGAAAAGCUGAAGAAGUCUUCGCUGGCCUUUUGGCCCCUCGAGGGCCUCGCCCCCGCCUACGUCGCCAGGGGUGCGCUCCCCUGCGUCGAGGAAGUCGUCGCCUUUGCAAACGCCAAACGAGCAGGACCAGAUGGCGUCGUCGGCACGGAGGACGACCAGCUCACUGCAGAAGAGCAGCUCGAUUUGCUGGGGGCUUCUCUUGAGGCGAAUUUCGCGAGGGCCUUUUGGGUCUAUUCGCCCACUUUCCUUUCCUACGAACACUACGGGUCUGCGGUGCGGACGCAGCUGCUGCUGGCCGACGUCGACGAAAUGCUGCUGCUGCGCGUUGCUCCUCCAGGGGCAAAUUUUGUUAUAAAUACUGGCAGCCAAAACAGACACAUUUUCCCCAUUGAGGGUUCCUUAACAAUAUCGCGAGAAGCCCCGCUGCGGCCCUUGGUGCUGCAGCCGGGGAUCUUUCAGCAGCAGCAGCAGCAGCAGCAGCAGCAGCAGCAGCUGGGUGCUUCAACUCCCGCUGUGCAGUCCGCCAUCCGGCUAAAGCCCCACAGGAAGGUCCUUGUUGGAGUGCCGGACUCUCGCGGGGCAAUAUAUUUGGAGCACAUAACAGCUCAUGUUCCGAGGGCAGCUUUUACAGUCUAUGCGCUGCCGUCUCUUGUCUACGGCUGGGACCUGGAGUCUGCGCUGGUGCCCCUGGAGGGGCUGUACACAAGUCUUUACCACAACGUGGCAGUGCCGCUGAUAGAAGUGCUGUGGGGCGGCGAUGCAGCAGCAGCAGCAGCAGCAGCAGCAGCAGGAGAGCAGGGGGGUUCGAGCAGCAGCUUGCGGCAGCAGCGCCGCGGGCAGCAGCAAGCUCUUGCUGCAGCAAUCGAGACGGAAGCAGAAGAGAGGUUUAAUGCAGCACGGGAGCAGCAAAAGAAGACGCAGGAAAAGGAACAAGCAGCAGCAGCAGCAGCAGAUAUAGCAGCAGCAGCAGCAAGAGCCAGGACGGCCCCCAACGGCAACGAGCAGCAGCAGCAGCAGCAGCAAGAGGAGCUGGAGGACGACGAGGAAGAAGAUGAAGAUGAGGAGGAGUCUGUUGAGCACGACGAGCUCUAA